CUUUGAUAAUCCUACACCCGCUUCCAAUGGUAUCACCACUCAUAAUUGGCGAUGUAUAAAUACAUGCAGUUACUCACAAAAGCUCUCAAAAGCUUGUACUUCCUCGUGAACUAACCUACCGCUAACAACAUGAAGUGCGUCACCGUAUUCCUUGCAAUAGUGCUCCUUUCGUCAGCUGCUAACGCCAAAGUAUUCAAGAGGUGCGAAUUGGUGAAGCUGUUAAGGGACACUUAUCACAUGCCUCAUUUGGCUACAUGGGUUUGCAUAGCACAAAAGGAGUCCAACUACAACACCGCUGCAGUGAAUAAGCAAUCGGGUGACCAUGGUAUCUUCCAGAUAUCAGAGAAAUAUUGGUGUAACCAGGGUAACAGAGGAUGUGGACACAAGUGCUCUGAUUUCGAGAACGACAACAUCUCCGACGAUGUAAAAUGCGUUCUGAAAAUUUACAAGGAGACGGCCAAGUUUCAAGGUGAUGGAUUUAACGCUUGGACCACAUACUCGCAAUGUAAAGGCAACGUACAAAAAUACGUGCAAGGCUGUUAGUGAUUUAAGAAAAUUAAGAACUGUUAACACCUCUCAAAGUAUUACUAUUUAGGAAUAAUAAAGUUUUUUAAUUGACAUAUUGCUGUAAUUUAUUUUUGG